AUGACUGACUCCGUGCCUCAUGGCUGUAGCCCAUCAAACUCCCUUAUUCAUGGAAUUUUCCAGGCAAGAAUACUGGAGCUGGUUGCCAUUUGGGAUGGUGUGCUUUCAAAGGGAGAAGUCCGCAUUUUGAGCCAGAGGCAGUUUCACAGCCCUAACACAGACCCUGGGCAGCACAACAUCCAAGCCUGGGCAAGGUUGCAAAAGCCAGUACCAACAGCCUGGACGGUGGGUGGUGUGUCCAGGGUCAUCUGUAAUCUCCCACACUGGGCCAAGUUCAUGCAUUACCUCUUGGAUUCAAGUUAG